AGUCGGGUGCACAGUGGUGCGCAAAUUAAAUGUAAUGUUUUGCGCACGAAUGAAUGUUGUUCAUCAUGUGCUCAGUGCCGACAAACCGGUCAGCGCCGCAUAAUAAAGGCAGGGCGAUAACCCAGCGAUUCAGUUUGAGUGGAAACACCGCGACAAGCCCUGCGAAGUGUGAGACAGUGUCACGCGAUUAAUCGGUACAAUCAAUUGUGUAGCCACAUUAUAUUUACUAGUGUUAAAUAAAAAAAUAUUAAAAUGCCAAAAGUACAUAACUUUGGUGCCGGACCGGCAAAGUUGCCUGAAGAAGUGUAUGAAAUAAUAAAGAAUGAGCUGACAAAUUUUGAUGGUUCAUCUAUAAGUUUGAUGGAAAUGAGCCAUAGAUCCAAAAGUUAUAUGAAGUUCAAUUUAGAAGUGCAAAAUCUUGUGAAACGGUUGCUAAAUGUUCCGGAUAACUAUAAAAUUCUGUUCCUGGCUGGAGGUGGUACGGCUCAAUUUGCAGCAAUUCCUCUUAACUUGAUGUCAAGGACGGGAACGGCAGACUACGUCGUUACCGGUGACUGGUCCCUAAAAGCAGCAAAGGAAGCAAAAAAAUAUGGCAAGGUGAACCUAGUACUGCCUACCACAGACCGUUACGUUGGAAUUCCUGAUCAGUCAACUUGGAAUUUAGACCCUAAUGCCUCAUAUGUCCAUAUUUGUGCCAAUGAAACUAUCCAUGGUGUCGAGUUCGAUUUUGUUCCUGACACAAAAGGCGUGCCAUUAGUCGCUGAUAUGUCCUCGAAUAUUAUGUCUAGAAAAUUUGAUGUUUCAAAGUUCGGAGUAAUAUACGGUGGUGCCCAGAAGAACAUUGGUACCGCUGGAGUAGCUCUGGCUAUCGUUAGAGAAGAUCUGCUCAACCAGGCCUUGCCGAUAUGCCCGUCUCUGUUCGACUGGACGGCCAACGCUAAGGCCGAGUCCAUUUUGAACACACCACCUAUGUUUGCAAUCUACGUCAUGGGAAGAGUAUUAGAAUGGGUAGAAAGGAACGGUGGUGUCGCUGGCAUGGAAGAAAGGGCGACUAAGAAAGCGAACCUUCUGUACGGCAUUAUCGACGCAUCGAACGGCUUCUAUUCGGCGCCAGUCGCGAAGAAUGCCAGAAGUAAGAUGAAUGUACCGUUCAGAAUUGGUUCACCACCCAAUGAUGACCUGGAAAAGGAGUUCUUGAAGGGAGCUGAAGCGUUAAACCUUAUUCAACUGAAAGGUCAUAGAAACGUCGGCGGCAUCCGAGCUUCGAUCUACAACGCCGUGUCAUUAGACGAAGUGGAAAUCCUAGUGCAGUACAUGAAGGAUUUCCAAAAGAAAUACUCCAAGUAAUAUAAGUCUUUUCUUAAUAAGUAUUUUACAUUUUAAUUUGUAUACUCAAGAAAUUUCGUAUUGAAAAUUGAUGUUGAUGUAUUGGCUGUGCUGAAGUCUUAUGAAUAAAUUAUAUAUUUUAAUAUA